AUGGCAGGUGAAGAUUGCAUAGAACUAAAGUUUAGACUCUCAGAUGGGACAGACAUAGGUCCGAGCAAGUAUAGUCAAUCUAUGACUGUUUCUUCUCUCAAAGAGAAAAUCAUUUCUCAAUGGCCUAAAGAUAAAGAAAAUACACCAAAGACUGUAAAUGAUGUAAAGCUGAUCAAUGCCGGGAAGAUACUGGAGAACAACAGGACACUUGGUGAAUCAAGGCUUCCUGUUGGUGAACUUCCUGGAAUGAUCAUCACCAUGCAUGUUGUUCUUCGCCCUCCUACCUUAGACAAAAAGACCGAGAAACUGCAGAAUGAUCCUCCGAUGAAGAAUCGCUGCGGCUGCACCAUUUUGUAA